CCCGUUACCCAAUCCAUGCGUUAGUGUCAACCAACAUGGCGGCGUACAUCGUCAACAGUGACUCUAGCAGCGAUCUUUUUGGCAGAAUACGGAGAUUUAAGAAUUCUGAAGAGGAAAGACUACUGAAGACAAGUUUAAAACAUAUAGUUCAAAAUGAUCUGCCUUUCAUUAACUUGGUCAUAGACUCAUGUAAUGGAAAAAGAGGAGGUUUGUUUACGGAAGCCUGUGUGGAACUUUCGCCCUAUGUUGAAGAUGUUGGAGUUGAUACUGAGGAAAUUGGCUUGAUUAACAUGAGAUUACUGUUCAAAUUGGACAUUUUUGAAAAAUUCUUGGAGAAUGGAAUCGAUUCUGUACUUAAUGACACAGAUAUAGUGACCGUUUUCCUGACUUUACUGGAAUUUCUUCGAGAUCGUAAGGUCCAUGGGAAAGCAAUAAAAGAAAUAAUUAAAGAAGCUCCUGGUAAAACAACUGUUAUGGUAGCCCUUGCCCAACACCUACUGUCACAGCUGGUUCCUGACAAAGAAUAUCUUGUGGAUUCAACAGCAAAGCAGCUUCCCAAAAAAUGUCCAGAUUGCAAUGUUCAGAUCCAAGCUGGGAAUACUUCAAUAGGGUCAUUGUCCACCUGGCAUGGGAGAGCAGACAUCCUUAUAAACAAAACUAUUGCAGUUACAGUUGUAGAAGAAGAUACAGAAACUGGAAAUUCUUCAAAUGAUUCAAAAUUAAGAAAUUCUUCAAAUGAUACAAAAUUAAGAAAUUCUUUACAUGAUACGGACAUGGAAAAUGCCUUAAAUGAUGCAGAUUUAGGAAGCUCUUCAGAUUCAAUUAAUGUGGAACCAUCUAUUAAGAGACGGAAAACAGCGUCAAAUGAAAAAACUGAGAUCUUUAUUGAUGUAAGCAGAGGAGAGGACAUUCUGACUAAUUUAUAUACCUUGGACCAGAUAGUGGCAGAGACGGUAACAAAUGGAUUUGCACAGGUUAAUAUGGACAAUUUAUUAAGUGGUCUGUUUAUUCCUACAAUUGGGUGUACGGCUGGACAUGCUUCGAUUUUCCUUUACGACCCUGAAAAUGACAUUCUGCUGCAGGCUGGUGAACUGUUACAACUCUGGCAUGUAUCGCCUUCAGAAAGACUGCUUUCUGUUUUUUCCAUUGUCUGUCUUUGGCUAUUUUUAAAUUUUAAAACAUUCAGUGUUAAAAACCUGAAAGACAAAGUUAAAUUAGACAAAUCCAGAUUUCAUGAGUACAUGAAAUAUAAGUUGAGAUUCUAUAAAGAGAUACAAAUUGGGAUGUUGUCUUGCACUUCAACAUCCCCGAGGCCUCUAGGGACCUUAACACAAGACUUAAAAAUGUACUGCACGUUCAGGAAACCCAGUGAACACAUUCGAUGAGGAAGACACUCCAGAUCAGUAGAGACUGGAGCGACAGGAUUUGGUCCAUCUUGAAGGGAGAUUGGGUGGUCUGAGGAAGCAAAGUGGACAUAUGCUGAUGUUGGACGUCCAUCUAUGGCCAGUGUGUAAUUUUAUCUAAUAAUUUGCACAUGUAAUUUUGGCUAGAAACAUAAUUUUUUUGGUAUGGUGUGGAAUCCUUAAAAUACACAUGGAGUGUGGUGUAUAUAUAUAUAUAGAUGUUGAUGGGUUAAUAAGGGCUGGCUAGGUUCAUUGUCAUUUUAUGCAUACCAUCCUACAUGUAUAUACAAAAUUGAACAGUUCACUCAUCAUUGUGGACAAUUUACCAAGCAUACUUCUGAAAAAAUCAGGAUUUGAAUAAAUUUACAACAAUCAAAAUCCA